AACCAUGGCACCUACAAUCACUGCAGCAUCAACCAACUCUCGGGAACAUCUGACUUUGACACACAAGCUCAGAAAGCCUCUGGUGGAGAAACUUCGCAGAGAGCGAAUCAACAGCAGCAUCGAGCAGCUCAAGUCUCUGCUGGGUCCAGAGAUCCUCAAACAGCAGCCAGACUCCAAGAUAGAGAAAGCCGACAUCCUGGAGAUGACGGUCUGCUUCCUGAGACAACUACAGCAGCAGCAUCACGCUGUGGACUCAGCAGCUGUUGGUCAGGGCUACUCCAGAUGUGUCCAAGAGGUGGUGAGCUUCCUGUCCAAGGAGGAGGUGAAGACUCAGUCCCAGAGAGGACUGCUGAGACACUUCAGCCAGCCUAAGUCUUCCUCUGAGAAGAACCUGAGAGAUGCUGACUCCAGAGUCCAGAGCAGCGUCACCAAAGACAAGAGUCCAGUCAACAGCGCCCUCUGGAGGCCGUGGUAGAAUCCUGCAGACCGCAGAAACUCUGAAGACCAUAUUGGCUAAACGUUGCUGAAUUAAAUGUAAUUUUAAUGGACUUGUUCUUCUCUAAUAAUAGAGAGCUUGAUAGUCUUUGUGCCCUUUUAAGCACAAUAUUAUAUUUCCAGAGGAGAUGACAGAAACUGCAUUUUUCAUUUUGAGAAAAUGUAGUCGUGCAUGCUGCAUGAAGCUAAUCUAACUGCAUCAGUCAGAGUUAUUACCUAUGAGUGUAUCAUAAGUGUGGCUCUUUAUAUGGUAGCGUUUGCUGUCCGUUAUUUAAUGAUUUUGAUCCAAAAUUAAAGUUUCCCCGUUCAAGGGGGAUGUUGUAAUGACAUUUUUCUUAUUUUGAAACUCCAGUUAAAACUAUUGUAUAGUUACAAUACUGUGAAGUUUAUUUCAUUUUAUGUGGUGAAAAAAACAUGAUCUGUUCUAAGACCAAAAUGUUGAAUCUUUUAUUAUAAAAGUUUUAUUUCUAUAUUGUCACUGUUGUGACAGUCCAAUUACAACGCUUCGAUAGUUACUUCACUUUCACGUGUGAUCUGUUGUAAGAUCCCUCUCUUCUGCUCAUUUUUGAGCCUGUUUUAAUUCAAAAUGUUCAGUAAUUUCAGUUUGGAAAUACUGAAACUGAUUUAUCUUUUAUAAAGACUUCUGUUCCUGUACUCUCUGAGUAUCCUGUGUCUUGUAAAAAAACAAGCUACGAGUUGUUUUUGUGAUGCAGGACAACAUCCUGUUUUGGUAUUUUAUGCUUUGCAUGCACAUGUG